AGCUUUCUCCUUUUACUUGUAUAGCCAUUUACAAGACGGGACACCGAGAUGCGAAGCCCAAGAUGCAUCUUCAGCGCAGCUACGGCUCUUCAUCGAGUCUUCAUCGCCCCAAUUGAGCAAUCAAACCUCCAAUUCGCGCUCCGUAUACCCUCAUCAACUGCCUUCAUAUCACAUUCACCCGCGUACAUCCUCCCACAGCAGAGAAGAUGCUACGCCGCGCCCUCAUCCACCGAGCGCCGCCUCCCCCGUGAUGACCAGAUCAAAUCAUGGUCUGUGACUCUAGUGGAUGAAAAUGGCAAGCUCAGUGAGCCCCGCCAAACCUCCGCCGUUCUCGACAGCAUCGACCGCAACAAAGACUCACUGGUCGUUGUAGCGCAAGGCGAGCCCGGAACGCCUCCAAUCUGCAGAAUUAUGAACAAGAAAGCAAUGCGAGAUGCGGAGAAGGCAAAAGCAAAAGCAGCUAGGGGUUCUAGCAUUACGACUAAGACGAUAGAGUUGAACUGGGCGAUAGAUAAGGGCGACUUGUGGCAUAGAAUGGAUAAGAUGAAGCAAUUUCUAAGUAAGGGCUUCAGGGUUGAGAUAAUGCUUGCCAGUAAGAAAAAGGGAAGACAGGCGACGGUGGAGGAGGCUGAAGAGCUGUUAAGGAAGAUUAAGGAAGCGGUAGGGGAGGUAGAAGGAUCGAAGGAGACGAAACCUAUGGAAGGAAAGCUGCUGAAGGCUGCUACGCUAUAUCUCGAGGGGAAAGCGGUGCAAAAAGGUCAGAAGGCAUAACAGGCAUAGCCUCUUUCUCGACACAUCUGUAUAUAUAUCGAGUACUGUAACCAUAGAUAAUAUCGCCAUACCCUCGUUGUAUGAUAGUGGUAUCAAGUCGCCCGU